AUGCGUCCUCACCAAGCCUUCCUCUCGGCGGGACCCCAGCAAGAAGGGCCCCCUCCAUCGUCCAGCUCACCUCCCGGUCCCUUCCCGGGCCUCUGGGCACCCCCGCAGGGCUCUGUCCCGAAGCAGAACCUCGAGAAGCCAAGCCCACGAGGCCCGUCGUGGGACCCACCCCCCGCUUCCUUCUCCCAGCACCUCGUCCUCCAUGCACCCGGCCCCCGGGGCUCUUCGUCGUCGUCGUCCCGGCUCGUACCGCCCCCCGUCGGGGGCUCCACCCCCCGCCUGCACCCGCCCCCAGGACGGUCCCCUCCCCACCGCGCGCCGCCUGCGCCCUCUGCCCCGGCACGGGACUCCCUUUGGCCUCCGUUCCCCGCCCAGAAGCGGCGGCGGCGGCGACGGCAACGGCUGCGGCGGCCCCAGCAGGAGCAGCAGCGGCGGCGGCGUCCCCAGCCGCGAUCCGUUCGAAUCCAGCUCCGCCAGGCCUGCUGUCCGUUCCUCACGCCCCUUAGGACCCGGGGAUCAACCCGACCCCCGUUUCCAUGGAGACCCCCGCCCAGCCGGGAUGAAGACUCUCGGAUCGUGGCGAACAAGUCUCACCUGGCUAAGGGAGAAGGGGCUGCCGGAGCCCGGGAAGCCCGGGCACAAACUCCGCGGAAGCUGGCCUUCGCCGCCGCCGCGCUGCCGCGGGCCUCCCUCCCUCCGCUGGCGGCCCCGCCGAUCUACCUUCGCCCCCGGCCGAGGCCAGACCCCGCUCGCAACUCCACGCCCCUACUCCACCCCCGGCUCCCCCUCCCCUCGCCCUCUCCCCGCUGGUCCGGCCCAGCCCCUAGCGCCGCCCCGCCCUACUGCUCGGUCCCGAGCCCAGCAAGUGCCCCGAACUCGCCCCCCGCCCCCACGCCCAGGCCAGUCCGGCCGGGCCUGGUUUCCCCCUCCCGCCGCGCCCCGCCCCCGAAUCCACGUCCUACUUCGCCACCCAACUCGGCCCGAUCCGGGUUCGGCCCGCGCCCAGGCCACCGGAGUCCCCGGUUCGGUCCGGUGUACGGCCACCCACCCCGCCCUUGCCUGGGUGCCGGCCUGGCCCGCUGCCUGCGCCCGCCGAGCCGACUCAGGCGCGCGGUCCUGGUCCCGGUCCCGGUGCCGGCCUCGGUCCCGGCGGCGUUGCCGCGUCUCGCCACGAGGGCUGGGUCCACGCAAGAUCCGAACCCGCGCGGGGUGGGGGCCGAGGAGAGCAAGUUUCUUUAUCUUCUCUCCGCCCCCGCCGCAGGGCCGCGCCGUCCCCCCCCUUCCCCGCUCCCACGGAGCCCCCUUCACCUGGGCAGAGCCCCUCGGCCGCUGUCGCAACUUUGCUCUUCUCCACGCUGCCGGGGAAGCGGGCGAAGCGGGAGGAGGAGGGAGGUGGAGGGGGUGCUGGGAUCAGGCCGCUGGGCUCCGGGAGGACACGUGGGGGAGGAGGGGAAGGAGGAGGAGGAAGGGGGGGCGGGCCUGCAGUUCUCGGGGCUCCCCCUGCCAGCCCCGGGGAAGCCGGAACCUCGCCGGGCAGCCGCAGACCCCGCACUGGCCACGGGGGAAGAACGGAGCCACCUUCCCCGGCCAGCCCCUGGCUCCAGGAAGGAGGGGGGGCGAGCAACGCCGCUCGGGCCUCUGUGUAUGGGGGGGGUUAGGGUCUUGCCUGCGGGGGGGACGGACGCCCCGCCGGACGCCCCGCCCCUCCCCCGGCCCCCCACUUCCCUAACCCGGGCGACCUCGGUGCGUGGCUCCGGCACGGGCACCGAGGCCGCCCGCGGGUGCAGCCCCAGCCCCGGCGCCGAAGUGGGACAGGUGCUGGGGAAGGGAAAAUGCCGGGGCUCGCUGCCUCGCCUCGCGUCUCCGGGGCGUCCCACCCUGCGUGGCAACGGCCGGGGCUGCAGCCCCCCUGGGCAGAACUCAAAGGGCAGCCCCCGGCCUGGGCGUGGAGGCAUCUGGACCGAGGAGAGCCGAGGGGAGCUGGGCGAGCCAAGCACGUUAAUGGCAGCUGCAAACCUGUAG